CCUAAUUAACCUUUUGGACUCAAGAAGGGUCAUCUAAAUCUAAACUCUAAACCCUCUUUAUUCUGUGUGCGGCCGAUUGUCCGGUGUCUCCUUCUUGACCUGUGCUUUUAAAAAGAGCGUAGCACGUUCAAGGGUUUGUAUUUGCUGCUUGCACCCAUUUCUCCUUGAUAUCUCCGCACUGAUAUUUUCUCUCCUUCUCAAAGUCUCUAUCAUCAGGCCAAAACAUGUCGACUAUGACAAUCCCUACGCAAUGCAUGGUGAGGACUAUCCCGAAGACAACUACAGCCCCCAUGGUCAAAUGCCCUGUAUCUUUGGGCUCAGUUAAAAGCAUCACCAAAUCAUUUGGGUUGAAAUCAUCAUGCUCCUUCAAAACUACAGCAAUGGUAGUACACAAGAUCAAGUUGAUUGGACCGAAUGGGGAGUUGAACGAGUUUGAUGCCUCAGACGAUUGUUACAUCCUUGAUGCAGCCGAGGAAGCUGGGAUUGAUCUGCCAUACUCAUGUAGGGCAGGUGCUUGCUCAACCUGUGCUGGAAAGCUCGAAUCUGGAACAGUUGAUCAGUCAGACGGAUCCUUCCUCGAUGACAACCAACUCGAGAAUGGUUAUUUGCUCACAUGUGUUUCUUACCCGCGAUCCGAUUGUGUAAUUCAUACCCACAAAGAGGGUGAUCUUUACUAAGGUAUUGAUGAGGUGAAAGUUCCUUUAAUUUAGUGGAUGUGAAGAAUUUAGAGAUCAGAUUGUUGAGUGCUGCUGAAUGCUGAUGGUCAUAUCCCAUAUGUUAUGAAUCUUUAUCUGCCUUAUUAAAUCUUGUGGUUUGUUCUUACAUUA